AUGAAAUUCGAAAUCAAGAGCGUUCCAAAAGAAUUUUCCAUCCAGGAGCAAACCCUUAUUUUAUCGGAGGUGAUUCGCCAUCGACCGGUCGGAAUCCAUCGCCAUUUCGCAAUGCUUUGCAUACUCGAUGGAUUGAAACGCGCCGGCGUCGAAUGCAGUAGCGAAAACGUUUGGAGCUACCUGAGAACCCUGUACAACCUUGAGAAACUUGAGGAAAUGGAGCCGGUGAUGCCUCUUAUAAAAAAGAGAAUAGAUUUCGACACUACCAUAGAAAAAUUCUUUCAACAAGAAAAGAUGCAGUUCAGGAAAAAAAGAAAGCGGAAGAAGCGAAUAAACAAGCAGAAACGAAGUUGUGCUUCGGAGGAAAAACCGACGACGUCCAGGCCGAAACUCGAUCCCGAGGAAGAUGAGUCAGAUGAGUCAAGUAGCUGCGAUGAGCUGAAACCGACGACAUCAAACGCACGAACCAGCUCGGCGAAAAUGGAGUGA